AUGAGCAACUCCAACUUCUUGGACAAGGCGAUUGCCAUUGUCCAGAAGGCUAUCGAGGAGGACGUCAAGCAGAACUACACCGUGCGUCGCCCCAUCGGGCCGUAUCGACUGACAAGCAGGAAGCGUACAAGCAGUAUCAAGAUGCUCUUGAUUACUUCAUGCUGUGUGCGUUUCAGCUGUCCGAGCCUCAAUAAGGUCCAAGCUAACCCCUCAGAUGAGAAGAACGAGAAGCUGAAGGAGCUUAUCCGCAACAAGUUUACCGAGUACCUGGACCGCGCCGAGAAGCUGAAGGAGCACAUUGCCAAGUCCGAAGAGAAACGAUCACGGGCGAAGGUGGGCGCGACGGGCGGUGGCGGCUCAGAGGCCGGUGGGCCGAGCACGGGCAAGGACGAGGACGACCCGGAGAUCAAGAAGCUGCGACAGAACCUGCAGGGAGCAAUCGUGAGCGAGUCGCCAAACGUAUCGUGGGACGAUGUCGCUGGUCUCGCGCAAGCCAAGGAGGCGCUGAAGGAGGCGGUCAUCCUGCCCAUUAAGUUCCCGCAGCUGUUCACCGGAAAACGCACGCCGUGGCGCGGAAUCCUGCUCUACGGACCCCCCGGAACCGGAAAGAGUUUCCUCGCGAAGGCGGUCGCUACCGAGGCCAAGAGCACGUUCUUCUCCGUGUCGAGCUCUGACCUCGUUCUCGUGAAGCAGCUGUUCCAGAUGGCGCGCGAGAACAAGCCGUCUAUCAUCUUUAUCGACGAGAUUGAUUCCUUGACCGGUACGCGUGGUGAGGGCGAGUCGGAGGCGUCGCGCCGUAUCAAGACCGAGUUCCUCGUUCAGAUCAACGGUGUCGGCAACGAUGACACCGGUGUGCUUGUGCUCGGCGCGACGAACAUCCCGUGGCAGCUCGACCCGGCCAUCAAGCGUCGUUUCGAGAAGCGUAUCUACAUCCCUCUCCCCGAGCUCGAGGCGCGCCGACGAAUGUUCGAGCUCAACGUUGGCACGACGCCGCACGGCCUCACGCCCGCCGACUUCCGACACCUUGCUGAGCAGACUGAGGGAUACUCUGGUUCCGACAUUGCGGUUAUUGUCCGCGACGCCCUGAUGCAGCCCGUGCGCAAGGUGCUCAGCGCGACGCACUUCUGCCCGAUCAAGGUUGAGACCGACGACGGACCCGUCACCAAGCUCACGCCGUGUUCGCCCGGCGCGGCUGGCGCCGUUGAGAAGUCGUGGACUGAGGUUGAGAGCAACGAGCUCCAGGAGCCGCUCCUCAGUGUGUCAGACUUUGAGCGUGCGAUCGAGGUCAACAGGCCUACCGUCAGCGCGGCCGACAUUCAGAAGCACAUUGACUUCACAAACGAGAGUGGUGAGUAG